GCUAAUCCGACACCUGGAGCUGGAGCCGCAAACGUGCCAAGCAGUGCUAAAAUUGCACGCCGCCGGCGCUGGUCACACACCUUUUGCUGCCACGCUACUUCGCUGCAAGCGGUCCUGCGCGACACUGCCUAGUUUGAGAGAUAGGCUGCCGGCACAUUUUCCACGUGCAGUCGCGGAGAGCGUCGUCGCGCAGGUCAACGAUGAAGCUCGCUCUCAUCGCGCUCCUCCUGCCGAGUGCGCUAGCGGCGGUCAAGAAGACGGCCGCGAACGCGAAGGAGACGGCGUUCCUCGAGGAGUACGCCACGGGCGAAGGAACCCAAGUCACGGACUCGGGCCUCAUGUACCGCGUCCUCAAGGACGGCUCCGGCGGCUCUCCCGAAUUGGCGACGCCCUGCUCGCGCGCGCGCGGCGUCCUCGUCCCUUCGACAUGCGAGCGUCCCCCGACGCCGUCGCCGCGACCCGCCGCUCGCGCAGGUGCCACUACGAGGGCCGCACGGCGACGAACUACCCGUCGGGCAAGACCUUCGACUCGAGCUACGCGCGCGGCCAGCCGACGACCUUCGCGCCGCGGCAAGUCAUCGCGGCCUGGACGGAGGCCAUGCAGAAGAUGAAGGUCGGCUCGAAGUGGGAGCUCGUCUGCCCGCCCGAGAUCGCGUACGGCGGCCGCGCGAUGGGCUCGGAUAUUCCUGCCAAUUCCGUUCUGGUCUUCACGAUGGAGAUGCUGAGCUGCCAGGGGGUCUCGGCAGAGUUGUGAGCGCGCCCUCGGGGCGCCUCACGACCCUGGCGCAGGUGCGAGGCGGAGGCGGGCUGCGGCGGCCAGGGCUCCGAGGGCACCGUCGUCAUCCGGCGAGGGGCUUCGAGCAUGUGUGAUCGUCCGACAA